CGAGUAGGUUGCGAUGAGAGUGUACACGCUAUUAUACGCUUUAGUAAAGUAAAACUAAAAGAUCCCGGAUUAAAGCCUACAGCUACCAACGUAUCCGCAGUGGUCAGAGGCGACAAAGGAUUAUUGAACCGCUACAGUAAAUAUAAGGUUGAUCCCUACGCGGAGCUAAGGCGAUUGCGCAAUUAGCAGCGUUCUCCACUCCUCGAAGUCAGCGAUGGAGGGAUUUUGAACUCAUUUGCAUACUCUGUCGCUAUAACUCGGCAUUUACAGCCAACAACCCGGACCAUCCGUCGUUAGCGACAAGAGUUUCAUUGCAAUAAUGUUUCAGCCACAUCCUGAAGAUCAUCUCCAUCUUAGAACUCACCGCGCGAGGUCCGUGGUACUGACAUCCGAUGAGCUUGUAGAGAUCCGAGCAGCACAACGAACAUUUGAGGGCGCCUAUAUUCGAACUGCCCUAUCUCAGUUCAGCUUUGCGCUCAUAAUUCUGAAAAUCUUCACUUCGGAGUUCUACGCCAUAGGUGCUCUAUUUUCUCUCUACGGGGCCGCGAUAAUGCUUGUAGCUACAUAUCGCCGGUACCAGGGGAAUCGACAGUUCUUCACCACGACUGAUGAUGAAGGCGAACUACAGAAAAAGUUCCGAACAAGUGGAAACAGUGUUUUACUCUUGUCCCUAAUCAGUCUCUGCGCAUAUGUAGCUCUCAUCGUGCUCACAUGGCAACUAGAGGCUUGAUACGAAUCUACCCAGGACCAUAUUUCCACUUCACACAUGCUGCAAAUCCUCAAGCAUGUCACGUUCAUGGACCCAAAUAAUGUUUGUUCGGUUUCGAAGAUACCUUUAGAGCUACAGAAAAUUGCAAGCCGGCAGUGGACAUCGGGGGCUGGAGGCUAUGUGGAAACAAACAAUGAACAAUUUUCUACAUACAAAA